AGAGGAUGAAGAAGAUGCACCAGAACAGAAAUCAGGUUACAGGCAUUCAAACUGGAGGGAGGGAGAGGAGUAUGGUUAUGGUUCUGAGGGCUUGAGGCGAAGUGUGAAACACAGACAUGGGUCAAAUUCCAGGAGGUUGGGAAGGCAAGGUGGUUUAUCUAGCUCAGAGAACCAAGAGAAAUCUGAGAAAAGACACCGUGGGUCUGGUCACUCAUGGAAUAGUGACAAAGAAAGACAUGGUUCCAGCUCUGGAGAGCUGGGGGAUAGAAGAAACAAGUCACAUGUUAGCCCCACCAGGGAAUCUGGGAAGGAAUAUGAAUCAGAAUCUGGAUCUGGGUCAAAGAGUGAGAGGAGGAAAAGUCAUGGUGGUCUGUCACAUAGACUGGAUACUGGUGGGCAUGAAUCAAACUCUACUCAGUCAACAAAUAGUGGAGGACAAAAGCUUGGGUCUAGCUCUAAAGGUUCAGAAGACAGUGGAAGACAAAGCUAUGGAUAUGGUUCCAGCAAUUCGGGUGGGUGUGGAAGUCCACAAAAUACUUCUAGUUCCUGUCAGGAAAGUAGAUUUGGAGGGCAAGGAUAUCAAUCUAGCUGCACUCAGUCAGGUUAUCAAACAGGAAGUAGUGGAAAACAAGAUCGUGGAUGUAUCUCGGGAGGUCAGUCCUCUGGAUGUGGUCAACAUGAGCCUAGCUUCUGUAGUCAGUCUUCUAGUCAAAGAGGAUACAGAUCUAGAGCAUGUGGUCAGACACAGAACUGUGGAAGACAACAGAGAACAGGUUCAAGUCAGUCCUCUUGCUGUGAACAAUAUGGGUCUGGAACAAGUCAGUCUUCUAGUUAUGGUCAACAUGGAUCUGGCUCUUGUGGACACUUUUCAAACUCUCAUCAAAAAGGGUCUGGUUCAAAGGAAUUUUCUAAAGGUGGACAACAUGGAUCUGGCUCAUGUCAGUCCUCUGGCUUUGGACAUGGCUCUGGCUCAUGCCAGUCCUCUGGCUUUGAACAACAUGGGUCUGGCUCAUGUCAGACCUCUGGCUUUGGACAACAUGGGUCAGGAUCAGGUCAAUCCUCUGGUUUUGGACAACAUGGGUCAAGCUCAGGACAAUCCUCUGGCUUUGGUCAGCAUGGGUCUAGUUCAGGACCAUCCUCUGGCUUUGGCCACCAUGGAUCCAGCUCAGGUCAGUCCCCUGGCUUUGGUCAGUAUGGGUCUGGAUCAAGUCAGUCCUCCAGCUUUGGCCAACAUGGGUCUGGCUCAGGUCAAUCCUCUGGUUUUGGCCAACAUGGGUUUGGCUCAGGUCAAUCCUCUGGUUUUGGCCAGCAUGGAUCCAGCUCAGGUCAGUCCUCUGGCUUUGGUCAGUAUGGGUCUGGAUCAAGUCAGUCCUCCAGCUUUGGCCAACAUGGGUCUGGCUCAGGUCAAUCCUCUGGUUUUGGCCAACAUGGGUUUGGCUCAGGUCAAUCCUCUGGUUUUGGCCAACAGGGGUCUGGCUCAGGUCAGUCCUCUGGUUUUGAACAAUAUGGGUCUGGCUCAGGUCAGUCCUCUGGUUUUGGACAACAUGGCUCUGGUUCAGGCCAGUCCUCUGUCUUUGGCCAGCAUGGGUCUGGCUCAAGCCAGUCCUCUGUCUUUGGACAACAUGGGACUGGCUCAGGUCAGUCCUCUAGUUUUGGACAACAUGGCUCUGGCUCAGGUCAGUCCUCUGGUUGUGGACAAUAUGGUUCUGGCUCAAGCCAGUCCUCUGGCUUUAGACAACAUGGGUCUGGCUCAGGUCAGUCCUCUAGUUUUGGACAACAUGGGUCUAGCUCAAGACAGUCCUCUGGCUUUGGCCAGCAUGGGUCUGGCUCAGGCCAAUCCUCUGGCUUUGGUCAACAUGGGUCUGGUUCAAGUCAGUCCUCUGCCUUUGAACAACAAGGGUCUGGUGCAAGUCCAUUUUCUAGCUCUGGACAACAUGGGUCUGGGACAGGUCAAUCCUCGGGCUCUGGACAUGGAUCUAGUUCACAUCAGUCCCCUAGCUUUGGGACUGGCUCAGGUCAUUCUUCUGGCUUUGGACAACAUGAGUCUAGAUCAGGUCAGUCUAGCUGUGGUCAACAUUGUUCCACUUCAGUGCAAUCCUCCAAUUUUGGCCAAGGAUCCUGCUCAGGAAAGUCCUCUAACCCUGAUCAACAUGCUAGCACAAGACAGUCUUCUACUUAUGAUCAACAUGGGUUUAGCUCAGGGGAAUCUUCUGGAUAUAAACAACAUGAAUCUAGGGUAAGGGGAAAAGAAAGCUCUCACACUAGUUCAGGAAAAGAGGGUCCAAAACAUGGAAGACCCAUAUCAGAUUCAGCCCACACUCAGAUAAGAGAAACAGGCCCAAAGAAAACUACUCAGAGGGAUAAUGAGAGAAACAAGAGA